ACGGUCCAUUAGGAAGAUGGCGCUCUCCCGGGCGACACGGCUCCCUCACUUACACCCGAUCCAGCACCCAAUGAGUGGCGAAACUGGCUUUUCGUAGCCCGAGCAAAAAAUAAAUAAAGGAAAGCAACAAUAAGAACAGCAGGAAUUCUUUUUUUUCUUCAAAUGCAUAUGUUUUGUUUUUAAUGUUAUUUGCUGGGCGGUGCGGGAAAACGCGUGCUCAUCGGAUCGAGGGGAUGGAGAAUCGCGAGCCUGGCCGAGCUUUGGUGCAGAGACAAGGGGGGAAAGGCAUUUAAAUAAACAGCAUCACGUUGACACGGCGCUCUCCAGCAUCGCUUGCUUUGCACCGACACUCGCUACGCUGCACCCAGCGGCUGGAUGCUCGAAUACGGCUAAAAGGGUGUCGUUUUGCCGAUCAGUCAGCGUCUGUGGUCGGUGAGGCAAAAAAAAAAAAAAAAAACAGAAGGGGACGGAAAUAUAUGCAGAGGUUUGUUUAUUUUAUGAAUCGGAAAUUUGGAGCGACGUUAUUUGGGACACCGAGAGGGUUUGAGUAAAAAAAAAUGCAACGUUUGAGAUGCCUCGAUUUUAAUUCUAUAUUGGAGAGCAGCUGUUUAUUCUGAUUUCCCCCCAAGUACUGCAUUGCAACAUCCUGACUGUCACCAGGCGGAGGAUGUCAGCGGCUGUCUUCAUGAUGGUCAUGUCUGCAUCUUUUUUCAACCCCAGUUUCGCCUUCAGUUCGCAUUUCGACACAGAUGGUGCCCCCUUGAGCGAGCUCUCCUGGUCUUCCUCCUUGGCCGUGGUCGUUGUUUCCUUCUCUGGGCUCUUCACCUUCAUCUUCCUCAUGCUGGCCUGCCUGUGCUGCAAGAAGGGGGACAUCGGCUUCAAGGAGUUUGACAACACGGAGGGUGAGGAAUACCAGACGGACCUCUCAGCCGUCGGCUCCCCCGCGUCACAGACGGACCCUGAGGUUUACGUCCUGCCUCUGACUGAGGUGUCAGUCCCUGUGUCCAAGCAGCCGAGCAGAUCAGUGCUUCGUCUAAGCAGCCCCUACUUUGUUGACCCGUAUCCAGUUCAGCUGCUGAAGUCAUCGGACCUGGGGCGCCAUAGUCUGCUGUACCUCAAGGAGAUCGGCCAUGGCUGGUUUGGCAAGGUUCUGCUGGGGGAGGUCAACGCGGGUCACAGUGCCACCCAAGUGGUGGUUAGGGAGUUGAAGGCCAGUGCCAGCAUCCAGGAGCAGAUGAGGUUCUUGGAGGAGGUCCAGCCCUAUCGAGCCCUCCAGCACCCUGCCCUUCUGCAGUGCUUGGCACAAUGUUCCGAGGUCACCCCGUACCUGCUGGUCAUGGAGUUCUGCCCGCUGGGGGACAUGAAGGGCUACCUGCGUAGCUGCCGGGCGACUGACUCGAUGACCCCUGACCCCUUGAUUCUCCAGCGAAUUGCAUGCGAGAUCGCCUCUGGUCUUCUGCAUCUCCACAAAUACAGCUACAUUCACAGUGACUUAGCCUUGAGGAACUGUCUGCUGACUGCAGAUAUGACAGUGAAGAUCGGGGACUACGGCCUCUCCCACGAAAAGUACAAAGAUGACUACUUCGUGACACCGGAUCAGCUGUGGGUCCCCCUUCGUUGGAUUGCCCCAGAGAUUGUUGAUGAGGUCCAUGGCAACCUGUUGACGGUGGACCAGACCAAGUCCAGCAAUGUCUGGUCUCUGGGCGUGACAAUCUGGGAGCUCUUUGAGCUGGGCAACCAGCCGUACAGGCAUUACUCAGACAGACAGGUGCUCACCUAUGCCGUGAAGGAGCAGCAGCUGAGACUGCCAAAACCCCUGCUUAAGAUUCCGCUUUCUGAACGCUGGUAUGAGGUGAUGCAGUUCUGCUGGCUGCAGCCUGACCAGAGACCCACUGCUGAAGAAGUACAUCUACUGCUGGGCUACCUGUGCGCCAAGGGCUCCAGUGAAGGGGAAGAGGAGUUUGAGGCGCGAUGGAGCUCCAUGAGGCCUGGUGCAGGUCAUGGUGGUACCGAGGUAGCUGUGGAACUGGCCUCCUCUGCGUCGUCCUCCUUCCCCUUGCUGGAGAACUUCUCUGUGGGUGAAAGCUUCCCUGACGAAUCAGGGGAUGACAUUCUGACGGUGACGGAAACCAGCCACGGGCUCAACUUUGAGUACAAGUGGGAGCAGAUGCGCCACGAGCAGCCCUACUGUGCUUCCUCGACCAGUGGACGGCUGGGUCAAAGCAAUCCCCUUUAUCAGGACAUCUAUUAUCCAACCAGAGGUGCAACGGACAGCUCUGGUGGUGAUAGGAAUGUCCUUGGGGUGUCCCCUUCUUUCUACAAGGCCAAGGAGCUGAAUACCCCUGGGGUGGUGCCCGUUCUGAGUGCCCACAGUCCAUCAGUGAGUAGCGAGUACUACAUACGCAUUGAAGAACCCGUUGAGUGCAACAUUAACCUGGACUGUAGCCCAAGCUUUGAGGGGCAUUUCAGUGGCAUGCCAGGCAGUGGUGACUCUGGCAACUGCCCUGGUGAGGUCCAGGCGAAUUCCUACUGGUCGGCAGGCACUCACAAAACUGAUUCCUAUGACUCUGACACCAGCCUGACUGUCUCUCCUACCAUGGAGCCUCUGUUGAGGCGGGCAUCUGGGGAUAACUGGAAUUCUGGACAGCGGUUCUCCUACAAAGAUGGCGAGGAAGAAUACCACCAACAUUCACCUGGAGGGACGGAUAACCAGCUUCUAGAGGAUUGCCCUACGGACACCCACCAGAAUAGGUGGGGAAUGCACAGCCUGUCCCAGGGGGUGAACGAGAUAGGGAGCCCAUUCACAAUUUCCCCACCACUUUGUAGCCCCAAACUGGGGUAUUGUGAUCCUUACUUGGAAGGCAGACAGGGGUCCAUUGAAAGUAAAAGUACAGCUAUCGAUGUUUACAACACAAUGAUGGGCUCCCUACAGAAGGCAACAUCUGGACCAUGUACUAUCGACAUUGACAUAGAGACAGAAGAAAACCUGAUCGUAGAGGAGCUUGAAAGCAGUUCUGGGGAUGAGGCGUAUUUGUUCACAGAAAAGGUGACCAGCAAAUGGAGCUCAAACUGUUCUUCCAACAACAACCAUUUGAACUUUGAGUGUGGGCCAUGUGUUAGAGGAGUCCAAGAGACAUGCGUGGACAUUCACUACACUACAACUUUUCCAGAUAUGGGAAGCUCAUGGCCCGAGAUAGCAGAGGUUAAAGACAUUCAACAUUCAGCAAUCAACCUACCCAUACCUCUUCCUCAUUCAGAAAUUGCAGCUGAAAUCUGUGGUGGUAUCGCUCUCAAUGAGGUCAACAUUCAAGUCUUGGAAGAAUGCGGACCGUAUAGCCCUUUGUGCAAUGAAGGAAACACAAGAUCAGAGUCACUUGUUAAUCUCCGACAGAUGGCAGAAAGUCCUCCAUUUAUUGAUGCACUGAUAAGCCCGACUGACAGAAACUUUAACUUUAACAGUCAUUUAAAUCAGGAAGACAUAGAGAUGCCUUGGGAGGAAAAUAAGGAGAUUCCAUCUCCUUCAACAGGAGGCAGUGUUUUGUCUCUGACAGAACCAUUGGACAGUCAGGGGGACUCAGAGCUAGGGAAUGAAGAAUCAAGGUCAAAUGUCUUGGAAUCAAACACAGCUGAUGAAACAAUUGAGCAAGCCGUAAAUGCGAUGAGUGUUAAUGUCGUUCAGGCCAGCCCAUCUGCCCUCUCCGAGAAGGCCCCAUGCUCCCCUACCGACGUACCACAGGAGCCAGCAUCGGAGAGCAGUCAGACUGCAGACAGUGGGUUGGAGGCCAGUUGCUUCAGUGUCAGCAUGGUAGACAUUGACAACUGCAGCGAUGACGACGAUGACAUCACAGAUGUCACAUCUGGGAUUUUCACGGACAUUGUGGAUUCGGUCGAGGUGACAGCUGAUAUCAAUGUAACUAUUAAGCACCACCAGAAAACCAUAGAAACCCCAGACUCUGUAGAUUCAGUUGACUUGCCCUCUGUCACAGGCUCCUGUGAGACAUUCAGUCCUACAUCCUUCUGCCCUUCUUCUCAGUCCAAAGCCCUAGAUAGUGGGUAUGACACAGAGAACAAUGAGUCACCAGAAUUCAUCUUGAAGGACACUUCUGAGCCUCGGCUAAUUGGGAGUCCAGUUUUGGGAGUAGUUGAGGCAGAGAUGGUUCUUCAGGUAGAUUUGGACAAAGGUGUAGAUGCUGUGGUUUCCCUUUCAGCAUCCAAUAACACCAAAGUGGAACUGACUAGCUUGAGUGAGAAGAACCCAUACAGGGAUUCUGCCUACUUCUCGGACUAUGACACUGAAAAUGAGAGAUGGUCACGGGAAGACGAAGGUGACUUUCCAGAAAAGUUAGGAGACAAUGACCUUGCUGGCCAGGAAGCUGAGAAGGAGGACCUUUCCAGGUACACAGGAACAGAGCAGUUCAGUCCUCAUAUUAAAGAAGGGGGCAAGCAUUAUUUUGAAGGUUUGGAUAAAGGCAGGGACAUUAUAGAGUUUGAUAACAAGCCAGAAUCCAGUGCUUCCUCAGUUCCUGUCCUUUCUACCCUCUCUCCCUCCCCCCCUGAAAUGGGGGGCUGCCUGACCAAAGAAUCCUCUCAGGAUGAGGGUUUGGGACUGGAUUCUGAGCAUUCUGGAGAGGAUCAGUCCUCAGAAUGCACCUCAUCCUCAUCCACGGUAUCAACGGUGUCUUCCGCCCAGCAGGAAUACUCUGCUUCAGGUGACCAGGUGAAGAAAGGCACAGAGGACUCCCCUGGGCCCUUGUCAUCAAACUCCACCUCUGAAGAUAUUCCUGAGGAAGUCUUGAGAGAGCUUGAGGGUGACAAGGAUGAACUAGUGCCGGAUUGUACUGGGGCUGAGGAGAAGGUGGAAGUAGAUGAGAAUGGCUCAUGGGGAACCUCUUCCAAAACACUGAAAAAUCACACAGAUGAAAUGGGUCUUUCUGAAACGGUAGAGGACACAGUCCCUCUUGUGCCAAUAGCGGAUGGGGAAGAUGCGGACGAGGAGGAGACAGAUGACAGUGAGGAGUCGGACGAGGAGCUCGGCUGUUAUAACAUUCAGGAGCAGAGCGAGGAGAGCGAUGAGGAGCUGCCAGCCGUGCCCAUCGUGGUUAGCGACCGCAGCAACACCCGGCACCUCCGAAGCCUCCUCAAGAUGCCCUCCCUGCUUACCGAGUCCUUCUGCGAUGAGCUGGACCGGAAGAAGAAGGCGGUAUCCUUCUUCGAUGAUGUCACCGUCUACUUGUUCGACCAGGAGAGUCCCACUGGUGAUCUAGUGGAACCCAUCUUCCCCUCGGGGGAAGAAUCCAGCGGACAACCAAACUCUGAUGUGUGUGACCCAUCAGCGAAAGCCAGUGUCUCAGAUGACUCUUCGGAUGGGAAUGUUUCAGAAGAGAGCGGAGGAUUCGAGUGGGAUGACGACUUCCCGUUAAUGUCCGACCAAGAUGCUGUCAUGCCAGCCGCGGAGGAGCCUGCGACCUGCACCCCCUCCCCCGUGGUCCCGGAGGCGAAGCCGGUUGCCCCAUUCUCCCGAUUCAGCGUCUCUCGCUUCUCAAUAACACACGUGUCGGACUCAGACGUGGAAUCUGCGGGAGGGAGCAGUGAAGACGGGGAUCGAGAAUGAACGGCUACUCCACCCUCUACACCCCCUCUCCCCCCCUCCCUAUAUACAAACACACUGCUGUGUGGCUCGGAAAAUGUCCCAGGCCAUCUCAUAAAAGAGCAGCUCUUUUUGGGUGGAGGGUCUGAGUUUUUCCUUUUCCCUCUUUUGGACUUACCCUCGGCGACCCUGGGUGCCCCUAUCACAUCACAUCCUACAGACCUGCUGAGUAUUAUGUGGGUAAUGGACUCAGAGAAGAAAACAAUAUACAAUGUAUCUAUAAGAAAGAAACAUAUAUUAAGAUAAAUAUUUAACUUAUAUAUACAUUCUCUCAUAAUUUAUGUUGCAUUCCACAUUGGAGGUUUUGUUGUAUAGGAAGAAUGCGAAGAAAGGCAUUUGGUUUCACUGUCCUCAUCUCUGGUUGGCUGCUGGUACCUGCUUGCUGAUUGGUCCAUAUGUACAAGAGGUUUGGGAGGCAAUCUUGCCCAGUGCAUUAGGGACAUAAAAGCAGCCUACUAAGAGACCAGUCUGGCUGGGUAGAGAAAGGAGCUAAUUAUCCCAUGAUGUACUGCCUAUGACCUUCUAGAAUGUGAAAUCUAAGGGAUGCUGGACAAUUGAUAAAGGACCUGAAGGUGUUGGGGGUAUUGAACCCAUGUGACAGCACUGGGCACAAAGGAAUUCUCUCAACCCUCAUGGAAAAAAAUUUUGGCCGAACAAUGGUUGGUUUCUUGUCAAAAAUCUCUAAACUGUUGUUUCCUACUCAUUUGCAGAGACAAAAGAACUCCUCUUGCCUUGUGCCAAGUUGCCAUCUUGAAGAACCAUUCGAUACAGAGAUGGAUCUAAUCAGAGAGGUGUAUUUUUAAAUAACUGAGAUUUUAAAACUUCCACAUCUAGGUGGUUUUCUUAACAUUGUCUUGGCACUGCUGUACACAACAUGGGUUUUUGAGUCCUCUGCAUUCCAUCUCUGGAGAUGAAACUUCUUCAAAAUGUCCUCAGGCUCAGGUGACGAUGGAGACGCUGUUGGACAGGGAUGCAGGGUAGGGAACUGAUUCUGAGCAUUCUUGCAGCUCCGGUGCCACAUGGAGUCCGACGGCUCCUUCAGAAGUGGGUAAAUGGGGUGGUUCUGUUAUCUCUCCAGAGCCCCCCCCCCCCCUCCAAUGUAGUAGGGAGGGCAAUGGCCUCCAUGUCCGUCACCCCACUGCGUGAAUAAGGACAUUUUCCUUCGCCUCAUUUCAGACAAUUUCCAUCACACGUCAAAAACCAUCAGCUCUCGUCAAAGGAUGCAAGAGAUUUACUCGUAAUCCCAUGAGCAUAUAGACAUAGGACUGUUCUAGUAUAUCAUUCGAGAAAAAUACUUUUUUUUGUAAACAAUGCACAUGAAAUAUACACAAUUAUGUGAUGACAAAAAAAAAAUUCAAGAUGUACAGUGGAAUACUUAUCGAUGCGUCCCGAGCAGGGAAAAUCAUGUUAUAUAAUAUGGUAUAAUAUGGCAGUGAUUAAAGAUCUAUUUCAGAGUUUGUGUAACUGUCAAAUGUAUCUCGUCCUUUCCUGCUCGGCUAAAUUAUCGAUGGUAAUUCGAUUUUGCUGUGGGAAUGCCUGACCUUUUGAAAUUGCCAGAGAGACAUGAAUACAACGUAUACUCCAUCUACUAGUCUACAGGUUUGUUGCCCUUAACUAGACUUUUAAUUUGAAUUUUUAAGCAGUUCCGAUUCAGUGCUGCAGUGUUUGUGUCACUUAUGGGUUUAAUAUGACAUUUUAGUUUUAACUAGACUAUGAUCUGUUCUAUUUUUGUAUUAUACAGUAUAUUGAGAAAUUGGAGUAUCAGAGUUUAUAGUUGCCAAAGAGAUGUAACAACGUUAGCUCAGCCAAUUAGCUUCCAGUUAUCAUACAUGCUGUAUCCAAUCAGGAGUGAUGAACCUAGUAGCUUUGUCCCGCAAACAGAUGGUCAGGUUAUGGCCUCCAUCGUAUGGCGUGCUCUGUUCGUUUUCCCCUUCCGUUGCAAUCUGCUGUACCAUACAUCACAAAUAAAUUAGACGACGGUUCUUCCCGCA